CCAGCGGUUAAGAGUAGAACUGAUGGUAUUUCGCAGUAUCAGAACUUCCCAAAAUAUAGUUCGAUUUACAAUUUUUAGCUCACUAUUCAACCAAAGAUUAAUCCAUAAACAUGCUUCAUCAACCCCAUUAUCAUCUUCGUGUUCAUCAGAUCAAUCUUCUAGCAUACAAAAACUGUUUCACAAAGAUUGGUUAUCUCCAAAUGAAGUUGUUAAAAUCUUCACUUCAUUAGAACUCAAUUCAGUUCUUCCUAUGUUAGAUCAUAUUUCAAAGCGCAAAGAUUACAAACCUAAUGAAUCCCUUUUCAAUGUGAUCAUCAACAAGCUUGGUGAAGCAAAAAAAUUUGAAGCAAUUGAUGGUAUUUUGAAGGAGAUUAAAACCCAGAAAAAUUUCCGCAUUUCUGAUGAGUUUUUCUAUAAUGUGAUCAAGAUUUAUGGUAAUUUGGGUGGUUUAGAUAAAAGGGUAAUCGAAAUUCUUUUCAAUAUGCCUGAGUAUAAUUGUUGGCCUUCGACGAAAACCUUCAAUUUUGUGCUGAAUUUUUUGGUGUCUUCGAAGAAAUUUGAUGUGAUUUAUGAGGUUUUUCUGGGUGCUACUAAGCUUGGAGUUGAGAUUGAUGCUUGUACUCUUAAUAUUUUGAUUAAGGGGUUGUGUAAAUGUGGGCAGUUGGAGGAUGCCUACCAAGUGCUCGACGAAUUUCCUAAACAAGGGUGCAAACCAAAUAAAAUGACUUAUUCUACUAUAAUGCAUUGUAUGUGUGAAAAGGGUAUGGUAGAUGAGGCAUUUGGGUUGAUUAAUAGGAUGGAAAAAGAAGGGGUUUCUCCGGAUGCAGUAUCGUUUAAUAUAUUGGUUUCGGGUUUGCAGAAACAAGGGAGGAUUGAGGAAGCAAUGGAGUUAUUAGAUAGAAUGAGGCUCAUGGGUUGUGAUCCUAAUAAAGGAACUUAUCAGGAGGUUUUGUAUGGACUGCUCGAAUCUAAGAAAUUUGUUGAUGCCAAAAACUUUGUUUAUAAGAUGAGGUCUAAGAGCUUGAUUCCUAGCUUUUUGUCUUACAAGUUGUUGGUGUUGGGACUUUGUGAAGAGAAUUUGCUUGGAGAUGUGGAAAGUGUCUUAAAGAGUAUGGUUUCGGUCGGAUUCGUGCCCGGGAUGGGAAUGUGGAGAAUUGUUCUUGGAAAGAUUUUCCCUAGGCAUGAUGCUCCUGUGGCUGUAUCUUUCAGUGAAAUUGUGAAGGAUUAGCAAUUUGAAUUCGAAAUUUGGAAACCGCUUUUUUUAAACCAUUUUCACAGAGCCAGGGAACUAGCCAGGGCAAUUAGAGGCAAAGUUGCAACCGUUAACAAUCAUGAGAAUUAGGAAUGUCAUAGACUGGUUAAUGAUAAAGAAUUAAAUGAUUAUCAACCAUAUUAUGAAUGUUGGAAAUCUUGAACUUCUUUUUGUUAUGCCAUCAUGCAUUAGAUCGUUAUAAGUUCUAACAUUUGCUAACAUAAAUAGAUUUCAUAGCAUAACCCGAAGAUUGUUUAAAGACAACAAAAAACGAUGUAAUGCUUUC